AUGACAUACGUCCAGCCACUGGACGUAAUAAGCCCGCCCACUUCCGCCAUCGAUCUCAACAUAGAACCGUUUGACGCUGCGCCGCAUUCAAUUCCCGAAGACUUCGAUGAAAACACAAUCAAGCGCCCAGACAUUGGACUGUGCAUUUCUUCCUGGGCUACCUCAACACCCACGAAUGGCUCCACCGACAUCCCCGAGACGGAGCUGUUCCCUGCCACGGCACCGCGCACUGUCCGGGAUAUGCUUCAGUGGCUGGCAGGGCUUAAGAAUGAAAAGCAUCAUGGGACACUAGAGAAGUGUAUUAACAGGGCAUAUAGUGGCCAGCGUAGUGCCCCUUCACAGCUUGCACUCUCCAUCAACCACACCAACAUCAGACCCAAAGAUGUAUUCGACAUACUCCAGCUUACCGUCAUGUUUGCUACUUCAGUGCUCACCGCCAUCGCGCCUAACUGGAAGGCAAACGUGCCAUCAAGAACUGUGAAGCCUAAGUCAUCCGAGGAGCCUGAUUGCUGCGCUCUCCUCUGCCAGCUGCGAGACUACGCCUACGCCUGCCACUACCAGUUGGAGUUCUUGAAGGCGCAGUGUAAUAGAGAUAAGUUACAUGGUGGUUGGCAGCAUUGCCACUACGGCAGUGACAUCACUGCUUCCAAGUCCCCCCUCCAGGCGUUCCUGACCGACGGCUGGGACUGCCCAUUCAAGACUCACCUCUUCGACCCGUGCAACCUGUGCCUCAAGAGCAGGAUCCGGAUGGGAUUUAAGAAAGAGGAUUUGCCUAAGGAAUCACAACUGGGCAGUACCCUUUCCACCAUCCUCACUCCCAGCUGCGGCGGAGAGGAGUAUGAUGCGCUGCUCGGCACGAAAUGUAUGAUCUGCACUAUCAUGGUACCCAGCAAGAACUACGAAGCUGCAAUUACCGCAUCGCAAUACCACUGGUUAUACAACAGGCUUUAUGUAACUACAUGUGGAACAAAUGUGUCAGCUAUUGGAAGUCAUCACAUUGACAUCAGAGGUUACCUGGCUACAGUAGGGCUAUGUGGAAUAGGUGAUGCUAUAAUAUUACUGGAGUUUAGGCUUGGUAUCACGGAAUCCAUCACGUAUUUGGCCGAAUAUUUCGCCAAGGCUUACGUUAUAAACUUUACCCAUGAUGUAAAGGACCAAGACAAGGAGGGCUAUCAGUAG